GGUCGUCCCCAGGGCCCGGGAGGCGGAAGCGUAAGGGGCUGGGGUUCUGCCAUCUGGUUACCGGCUUGGAGUGCUUGAUGCGGCAGAAGCGGGAGUUGGGGUCGCGGGGGAAGCUUCCGCCAGGAUCCGGGCCUGGGUGCGGCUGACGUGCCGGCGCCCGUGUGUGCGUGUCUAGGGAGACAUGGAAUACUGUCUGGCGGCCGCGGUGCUGAACGCGUUAGACCGGCGCUCGCUGCAGCGCUCGGCUCGGCUGGGGCGGGAAGUGCUGGAGCGCGCCAAGAGGAGGGCAGUGAAAUGGCAUUCUCCGGAGCGGUCCAGAGGCAGCGUCGGGGUCCUUUACCCCCAGGGUCCCUACCAGGAACGAUGGUCUGUCUCCGACCUCCAGCGCCUCCUAGGAGAGAGAGAAGAAAGGUGUCCAACCCUUAGUGCUUCCUUCAGAACAAUGGCUGAAUUCAUGGACUAUACUUCAAGUCAGUGUGGGAAAUACUACUCAUCUAUGCCAGAGGAAGGAGGGUCAACCCAUGUCUACCGAUACCACAGAAGGAAGCGUCCAGAGAUGCGUGUGUGCUCAGACACAGGGUACAGCCAACAGCAAAGAAACUGCAGAGGAGAGACAUCUGUUGGUUCAGGAAGCAUCUACCAAACAUCAGAGCGUUCUCAAGAGGCAUUCUGGCCUAUUGACAACAUCUCUAAGGACCUCUACAUAGAAGUGUACCCAGGGACCUAUUCUGUCACCGUGGGCUCAAACUCCGUCACCAAGAAGACUCAUGUGGUUGCAGUUGACCCAGGGCAAAGUGUGGACUUGGUCUUUCCCAUAUGACGUUGACCAUUUUACUCUUUUUAAGUAGCAGGAAGAAUAAAACCACCUUAUAAUUGUCUUAAUAAUGAUACAUCAAUCCUGGUUUUAAUGAACUGGAGUCUGUCUCUUUCAAGAUCAUUUUAAAUUGAAAUUGUAAAAGUCCCCCGUCCUUGUGUGCCUGAAAACAAUAAUGUAAUGGUGCUGUCUGAACAGCUGCUUUUAUUACUAGCUUUCCAAGAAAGUGUUAAUUAUGAUAAUAAAGGGAGAGAUUUGGAAAUAAAAAGAAUUCAUUUUA